CAUCUUUCUUUUAUAUAUAUAGAUAUAUAUAAUAUAAAUAUAUAAUUUUACCAGGUUAUGGUAUUGCCACACCAAAAGGUUCGCUUUGGAGAGAUAAAAUAUCCUUGGCUAUACUAGAACUACAGGAAAAAGGUGAUAUUCAAAUGUUGUACAAUAAAUGGUGGAAGAACACUGAUGAAACAUGUUAUCGUAAAAGUAACAGUAAGCAAUUCAAAGCAAAUGCUUUAGGUCUAGAUAAUAUAGGUGGUGUUUUUGUUGUCCUCAUACUGGGUAUAUUGAUAGCUGUGUGUGUUGCAUUUUACGAAUUUUGGCAAUACUAUCACUUACAAGAUAAAUCAAUUGAGAUGGACUCGCAACUUUUUGGAGAUAAAGGUCAUCAAGCUAUAUACAUGACAGUAGAGCAACGCCAUAGAAGAUCUAUAUGGGUAGAAUUAAAAGACGAGCUUAAAUACUCAGUGCGAUUUAUGGAAUCUAGACAAAGGCCGGCAUUAAGACGUCAAUGUCCAAAUUGUUACACAAUUUAGAAUUUAUGUGAUAAAUUAUUAAAAACUUAUUCUUAGAAGAUUUAAAUUUUGUUGU